CCCAUACUUCUCUGAAGUCAAUAGUAUCCGAUUACUGAACCAUAGGUCUUAAGGUUAUCUUGAAUGGGAUAUCAGGCCAAUUUCCGCUCGGCGGAGAUAUAAACACAUCCAACGCGCUGAAGAGCGCACACGAACAAAGCUACGCCGAGAGAAAGGUUCGCUUCUUAGGCAGAGACCGACGUUGACAUCACUCCGACCUUGGUAAGAUGGCUGCUACAGGGAUUGGCAUGAUAAUCAUAUCCAUAGCAACCAAGAUAUAUACCGAUCCCUACGGCCAUGGACUCACCAUCUACAGGCCUGACUGCCCCCCCGGGUAUUGCAUGCUUGGAGAUUACGCGCAGGAGGGGGACAUCAACAAGCCCAACCACGGUGUCAUGGUGUGCAUCAAGAUGAAACACACAAAAUUCUUUGCCAAAGCCAAGGGCUUUGUCCAGGUAUGGAGCAGCGAGGGACCUGGUAGCGGACGCGGAUACAGUGGUGAUAACGACGAUGAGGGGUCCAGCGAUGGAAAUGGAGGAUCGGGUUCUGGCCACAAUGGAGUGCUGGCAUUUUGGAAGCCAAAAGUUCCGAAUCUAAACUUCGUUGCGCUGGGUCAUCUAGCGACGACGAGUUACGAUCCACCCUCGGUCGGAGACGUGUGCGUCGUACACAGACUUAUGGUCGAUCAAGGAAUUCCUGGUCGUCGCGUGUGGGUAGAAGAGUCCCGUAUGGCCAGCUUAUGGUCUCUGGCUCCCAGUUAUUCAUAUGUAAACCUGGGCCUGUUCUUAAGCAGCGAGUCCAAAUCUGCGCCUCACAUCUCAGAGUUCUGGUCCUUGAUACCCGUGGUUGUUCCAGCUCCUUUCAACGCUUCCUUGUCAAUAAAGAAACUCAACAGAGACGAGCUAGCGCUCAUUUACAAGGGUCACGAGUGCGAGGAGUCCAAGCGGCUUAGCGUGUAUCUUCCUCAGGCCCCAAUCGGGUAUUCGCCCCUGGGACACUAUGCAGAGCGCGGGUACAGUCAAGCGGGACAGGGAGCGAAAGUGCUUGUUGUCAAAGAGAGAGGAAACAAGGGUCUUCUAAGGCAUCCGAUAACUUACCAAGAACUCUGGAGGUCAGAUGCCAAGAACAACAAUACAGAGGCAGCAGUAUGGCGGCCUGUGCCUCCUCCGGGAUACUUCUGCCUCGGUCACGUGUUGGGCGUCGGCUUGGAAGCGCCGCCCACCAACGCCAUUGUGUGCCUUCACUGGAGCGUUAUUGGACGGGGCUGGCCUGAGCGAAGUAAAAAGGUGUGGUGGAACACUUGUUCGCACAAGAAGGAAGCAACUAUUUGGCAAGUUCCUGGACUCGGAGACUGCCUCAGUGCUGACACGUUUGUGAUUCACCGCGGCUUCAACAACCCGCACUGGGAAGAACUCCUUUUCCACUGUUUCUAUCUGAACGGAGUGUCAGUCAGAUAAGAGAGAAUCAUGCGCAAAAGAACCUGUCCAAUUCUUUCUUGAUUUAGCUCUGUCAUUCCGCAUCGUUUUCUUUCCCACAUUUCACAUUUUCAGUACUGCUGAGAUGUUGUCAAUCAUAUCUUACAGUAGACUAACUCUUUCAUGGGACACGCGGGUAACAUAACAGCAUUUGUCACACAAAAAUAACGCGUUAUGGGAAAAAAAAACUGCACAACGAAUUGGAACAAAUUUCAGAAAGAAGUGUAGAAUAUAGGUUAAUGAAAAACAGUUUUAAGAAUUUUUGAUUUAACAAGCUCGUAGAAAUGCCCUUAACAGUGGAGAAGUAAAAUUAAAAAUUGAGAUUUUACAGUUUUCAAGAUUUAGAAAAAAAUUCAUAGGCUCCUAGAAUUUUAACUUAACAGAGGAGAAAUAAAAAUUUCAAAUAAAGAUUAUGACACGAA